AUGGCUAAUGUUGCAUCGAUUGUAGGUCCUAAUAUUGUUGAUAAAUCGGGUCAAAAAGUGGAUUUGAAUUCUCAACAAUUUGCAGGCAAAGUCAUCGGUCUCUAUUUCUCUGGACAUUGGUACUUCACACCCGUGUUAGCUGAAUUCUAUACGAAAUAUAGUGAAUCUAAAAAGUUAGAAAUAAUCUUCGUCUCUUCGGAUCGUGAUGAAAAGUCGUAUCAAGAGUAUUACAAUGGCAUGCCGUGGCUCUCACUCGAAUACAAAGAUCGUGAAAAAAAAGAUGAAUUGUCGAAAAGAUUCUUCAUCACAGGAAUACCUGCAUUGAUCUUGGUGGACGGUGAUUCAGGGGAAACUAUUUGUGAAGAUGCUCGGAUGAAACUGCACAGUGAUCCAAAUGGUGAAAACUUUCCAUGGAAAACAAAAAAACCUUCAAGCGAAUCAUCAUGCCUACUUCAUUGA